AUGGGUUCGAAGAUCUUCCUUGACAAUAUGAUUCGCGAUGUUGUUACUUAUACAGAGCAUGCUAUGAGAAAGAUUGUCCUUGCUAUGGAUGUUGUUUAUGCUCUUAAGAGGCAAGGUUGCACUUUGUAUGGGUUUAGUGGGUUAGGGUUUUUUGUUAUAUUUCCUAAGAGUAAUACCCCUAACAUAGAUGUUAGUCGGUACAUGUUGUACAAACAACUUUUGAUGAGAAGUGAAGAAAUGAGAAGAAUGAGAGAUGAUGAUCUGUGGAUUCGAUUGGGUCGGAGAAGGAAGAAUAAUGAAGAUGGUGGUUUAUGGGAAAUUGAAAUGGAAAGCAAAAGGAGAAGAAUGAUGAAGCCAUUGGUAAGGGUUAGGGUUGUUUUAAUUUGA